AUGGAAACAAAUAAAGAUUAUUAUAAUGAUUAUAUUAGUGAAGAAGAAUUUUACCAAUUUUUAAAUAAAAAAUUAACAAAAUAUGAUGAAAUUGAAUUCCAUAAAAAAAGAUUGGGUUUCCUUCCAAAAAAAAACAAUGAUGAAAAAGAUGACAUAACAAAAAUUUACAACUUUAUUGUGGUUUUAAUUUCUAUUUAUGCAUUUCAAAAAAUUGAAUUGAAUUAUCUUAUUAUUGUCAUUUUUACUGCAAUAGUAGUUUCAUUCAAAAGUGUAAAAAAAUAA